AUGAAAUCUUUCCGGAUAUUACGGCUCCCCUUGCUGGCCUUGCUGCACCUCGCACGCACGGAGCAGGCCGGCGGCGUCGUGCACGACUCGACAUGGACGCCCGACUACGUGCUCGAGGCGACGGCGCAGACCAUCACGCUCGACUGCCGGCAGCGCCACUCGGUCGUCGUCAACAGCAGCUCGCCCGGCCCGACGCUGUACCUGACCGAGAACAAGACGACGUGGGUGCGGGUGCACAACCGGAUGCCGGACCAGAACUUCACGGUGCACUGGCACGGCCUGACCCAGCGCGUCGCGCCCUUCUCCGACGGCACCCCGCUCGUCAGCCAGUGGCCCAUCGCGCCGGGCGCCUUCUUCGACUACGAGCUGAGGCCCGACGCCGUCACGGCCCACGGCGCCCUGAUUGUGCGGGAGCAGGGCUCGCCGCCUUACGAGUACGACGAGGAGUUGAUCGUGGGCUUGGGGGAUUUCUUCCAGAAGAACGACUCGACCGUCGUGCAGGGUCUGCUGGCCGACCCGUUCCAGUGGUCUGGCGAGCCGGACGCGCUGCUGUUCCAACGACUGGAGCGGGACAGCGGCAUUCGGCAACAAGACGGCCGACGACUCUUGCCGGCCCAGCGUGGUGACGGUCAGGCCGGGCAGGACGUACCGGUGACGCUCGGCAUCGAAGGCCACCAGAACCUGACGGUGAUCGAGGCGGAGGGCCACUACACGCAGCCGGCCAUGACGGACCACGUCCAGCUCGGGUCGGGGCAGCGCUUCAGUGUGCUCCUCCAAACACGCACCGAAGACGACAUUGCGGCUAGGAGCGGCAAGACGCAAUUCUGGAUCCGGUUCGAAAGCCGUGACCGCCCCAAGACUAUUGUCGGGUACGCAUUGCUGCAGUACGACAUGUCAGAUAGCCAGGCUGUCUCGUACCAGACACCCCUGCCUCAGGAGCUGCCGGCUACGUCGCCUGUCGUGCUCCCCACCGAGACCAGCAGCUGGCUCGAGUACACGCUGCAGCCGCUGGAUUCGGAGGAGGCGGCCAGGUUCCCGCGGCUGCCCGAGGUGACCCGGACCGUGUACAUCACCAUGGCACAGCAGCUCAAUUCGCUCGCGUGGCAGGAGUCGGCGCUCGCCGACGACACGGGCUACGUGCCCCUGCUCGUGCGACUGUACGUUACCGGAGAGACUCCCGACUAUGGCGCCGCGCGAGCCAACCAGGACUGGGAUCCGGAAACCAAGGCGUUCCCGGCCCUGGUCGGGGAGACGCUCGACAUCGUGUGGCUGUCCAACAGCGGGCCGACGGGCGGGUGGGACGCGCACCCGAUGCACAUGCACGGGGAGCGCUACUGGGACCUGGGGUUAGGGAACGGCACCUACGAUGCGGCCGCCAACGAGGCGGCAAGGUUCGGCGGCGGCUACACGCCCGCGCGGCGCGACACGACCAUGCUCUAUCGGUACGCGGCCAAGGGCGGAGUGCACAUGACGGCGGGCUGGAGGGCGUGGCGCGUUAGAGUGACGGAGGAGUCGGUCGGGGCGUGGGUACUGCACUACCAUGUGCUGAUGCACAUGGUGAUGGGCAUGCAGACCGUGUGGGUGUUUGGCAACACAUCCCAGAUCUUGACCCGCUUCCCGCAACAGCCCUACAUCGCGGGAUAUCUCGAUUUUGGAGGCAGUGUCUAUGGAAACGGCACAAGCGAUCCGGUGGUCUGGGAGACUUUUAGCCAGGACGGCAGAUGA